UCUCUUACAGAGGACAUGCUGUGUUGUUCAUCUACUCCAGGCUAGAAGAAAAGGAGGAAAGGAGAGGAAUUGCGAUCCACAGUAGAAGCCUGAGCGCAAACUAGAAAUCAUGUUGGAAGAAUUCUGCAAUUCUACCUUCUGGAAUGACUCAUUCCUGGACCGCCCAGAUGCCGACUUUCCUCUGUGCUUUGAGCAAACUGUUCUGGUCUGGAUCCCUCUGGGCUUCCUUUGGCUUCUAACUCCUUGGCAUUUUUUCCACAUAUAUAAAUCCAGAACCAAGAAGUCAUCUUUAACCAAGCUCUACCUCACAAAGCAGGUGCUUGUUGUGUUACUACUCAUUACAUCAGUCAUAGAACUGGCCUUAAUCCUUGUUGAGAGCUCAGGUCAGACCACUCUUCCAGCUGUUCAGUACACUAAUCCAUGUCUCUACAUAGUCACCUGGAUCCUGGUUUUGGUGACCCAUCACUUCAGGAGAUGGUGCGUGAAGAAGGACUCUUGGAUACUGUGUAUAUUCUGGGUUUUCUCUAUGGUCUGUGGAGUUUUCCAGUUCCAGACUCUAAUCCGGAUCCUCUUAAAGGGAAACAAUUCCAAUCUUGCUGGAUUCUGCCUGUACUUCAUCUCCUAUGGUAUUCAGGUCCUUAUGCUGAUAAUUUCAUCCAUUUCAGAGACAACUCCAGAAACCAAAGCAUCAUCAAAUAAUCCAUCAGCCACGGCCUCAUUUCUCAGUUCCCUUACCUUUAGUUGGUUUGACAGUAUCAUUUGGAAAGGCUAUAAACAUCCCUUGACCUUGGAAGAUGUCUGGGAUUUGAAUGAGGAACAGAAAACCCAUGAAAUCUCUAAGAUAUUCACAAAGCACAUGGAAACAGAGAUGAAGAAAGCCAAGCAGGCAUUGAAGAAACGGUGUCAGAAGAGGAAAUCCCGGGACACAUCUGAAGCCAGGAUGAAUGGUCCAAAUGCUAGUCAGAGCCAAGACAACCUUGUGUUGGAAGACAUGAAACAGAAAAAGAAGAAGAAAGAGUCAGAAUCUGGAACCACACAAGACUUUGCCAAGUCCUGGUUAGCCAAAGCUCUGUUUAAAACUUUCCGCAGUGUUUUGAUUAUGUCCUUCAUAGCCAAGGUGAUUCAAGAUGUCCUGAUGUUUCUGAGUCCUCAGCUCCUAAAGCUGAUGAUCUCAUUUGCUAGUGACUCCUCAGCAUAUGCAUGGCAAGGCUAUGGGUACUCUGCCCUCUUCUUUGUGGUGGCCCUCAUUCAGUCCUUCAGCCUUCAGUGGUACUUUCAGUAUUGCUUCAUCCUGGGCAUGACUGUGCGCACAACCCUCAUGGCUGCUGUGUAUAGGAAGACCUUAACCAUCUCCAACAAUGCCCGGAAGCAGUACACUGUUGGUGAAACAGUGAACCUGAUGUCUGUGGAUGCUCAGCGAUUUAUGGAUGUGACCAACUUCAUUCACCUGCUGUGGUCAUGCCCUUUCCAAAUUGUGUUAUCCAUUGUCUUCCUGUGGAUGGAGCUAGGACCCUCAGUCCUUGCAGGUCUAGGGGUAAUGAUACUACUUAUCCCCAUUAAUGCAUUUCUGGCCACCAAAAGCAGAGCAAUUCAGGUUGAGAACAUGAAGAACAAAGACAAGCGUCUGAAGGUCAUGAAUGAGAUUCUCAGUGGAAUAAAGAUCCUGAAAUACUUUGCCUGGGAGCCUUCAUUUAUAGAGCAGAUCCAGGGGAUCCGAAAGAAGGAGCUGAAGAACUUGCUAUCAUUUUCUCUGCUGCAGUCUGUUGUUGUAUUCAUCUUCAACCUGGCCCCUGUGCUGGUAUCGGUUGUCACUUUUACUGUCUAUGUUCUGGUGGAUGAGAAUAAUGUUUUGGAUGCACAAAAGGCCUUCACUUCCAUCACUCUGUUUAACAUACUCCGCUUCCCCCUGUCCAUGCUCCCCUUGUUGAUUUCUUCCAUACUCCAGGUUAGUGUUUCUGCUGAUCGCUUGGAAAGGUACUUGACUGGAGAUGACUUGGAUACAUCCAACAUUCGAAAUGAUGCCCAUACUGACAAAGCUAUUCAGUUCCAUGAGACCUCCUUUACCUGGGAUCACAAUGUCAGCCCAGCUAUUCAAAAUGUCACUCUGGACAUUAAGACAGGCCAACUGAUUGCUGUGGUGGGGGCCGUUGGCUCUGGGAAAUCCUCCCUGAUAUCAGCCAUGUUGGGAGAAAUGGAGCCCAUCCAUGGGCACAUCAAUAUCAAGGGCUCCGUAGGCUAUGUCCCUCAGCAGUCCUGGAUCCAGAAUGGCACUGUAAGAGACAACAUUCUCUUUGGAUCCCCAUUGGAUGAAAAGAGAUACCAGCAGGUUCUAGAGGCCUGUGCUCUCCUCCCAGAUUUGAAAGUGCUGCCUGGAGGGGACCUCGCUGAGAUCGGAGAGAAGGGCAUAAACCUCAGCGGAGGGCAGAAGCAGCGCGUCAGCCUAGCCAGAGCUGUCUACAGCAAUUCAGACAUCUACAUUUUGGAUGAUCCCCUCUCAGCUGUAGAUGCUCAUGUAGGGAAGCAUCUUUUCAAUAAGGUCAUUGGCCCAAAUGGGCUAUUGAAGAACAAGACUCGACUCUUGGUGACACAUGGCAUUCACUUCCUUCCCUAUGUGGAUGAGGUUGUGGUCUUGGUGAAUGGCAAGAUUGUGGAGAAAGGAUCCUACAGUACUCUGUUGGCUAACAAAGCAACGUUUGCCAAGAAUCUGAAGCUAUAUGCGAGGCAGGGCAGCUCAGAAGGAGAAGCCACAGUUGGUGAUGGGGUUGAAAGGGAAGAUGAAGAUGACAGUGGAUUAAUACCAAGUAUAGAAGAAAUUCCUACUGAGGCGAUCUCCAUGACCUUGAAAAGAGAGAAUAACUUUCAACGAACACUCAGCCUAAGAUCCAGAUCUGGUAGCAACAGACAUCAAAAGUCUCUUCGAAGUUCCUUAAAAAUUGGUGAUAUGAAGACAAAGCAAAAAGAAAAUCAAAAGAUGGUGAAAGGACAGAAACUAAUUGAGAAAGAAACGGUAGAAACUGGAAAGGUGAAGUUUUCCAUAUUAAUGAAGUACCUGAAUGCAAUGGGAUGGUGGCUUUUCACCUUCAUCCUCUUUGGUUACAUGGCAAACUCUGCAUCUUUCAUCGGGUCCAACUUCUGGCUCACUGAAUGGACCAAUGACGCCCAAAGAUACUGGAACCAAACCUAUCCAGCCUCUCAGCGGGAUUUGAGAAUUGCAAUCUAUGGAGUUCUAGGAUUUGCUCAAGGUUUCUUUGUGCUUUUGGCAAGUCUUCUGACUGCCUAUGGUGCCGUAUCUGCUUCCCAAGGCCUGCACGAGCAACUGCUGGACAACAUCCUUCGAGCACCCAUGAGCUUUUUUGACACAACACCCACAGGCAGGAUUGUGAACAGGUUUGCAAAUGAUAUUUCUACAGCGGAUGACACCCUCCCUAUGUCCUUGCGGAGCUGGAUCAUUUGCUUCUUUGGCAUCAUCAGUACUCUGAUCAUGAUCUGUAUGGCUACCCCAGUUUUUGGCAUCAUCAUGAUUCCUCUGGCCGUCAUUUAUAUCUUAGUACAGAGGUUCUACGUGGCCACCUCCCGCCAGCUGAAACGUCUAGACUCUGUCACCAAGUCUCCAAUAUACUCCCACUUCAGUGAAACAGUGUCUGGUUUGCCCAUCAUCAGGGCCUUUGAGCACCAGCAGCGUUUUCUGAAGCAAAAUGAAAACAUAAUAGAUACCAACCAGAAAUGCAUGUUUUCCUGGAUCACUUCCAAUAGGUGGGCGGCGAUUCGACUGGAGCUGGUUGGAAACCUGGUGGUAUUCUUUUCUUCUUUGCUGAUCGUCAUUUAUAGAAACGACCUGAAAGGGGACCUCGUGGGCUUGGUGCUUUCCAACGCACUCAAUAUCACACAAACUCUGAACUGGUUGGUGAGGAUGACGUCUGAACUGGAGACCAACAUUGUGGCUGUUGAGCGUAUCAAUGAGUACAUCAGAGUGAAAAAUGAGGCCCAGUGGAUAACAGAGAAGAGGCCUCCAGAUGAUUGGCCCAGCAAAGGGGAGAUCCAGUUCACUGAUUACCAAGUGCGCUAUCGUCCUGAGCUGGACCUGACAUUGAAGGGCAUAACCUGUAACAUUGGGAGUACUGAGAAGGUUGGCAUAGUGGGCAGGACAGGGGCUGGGAAGUCAUCCCUUACCAACUGCCUCUUCAGGAUCUUAGAGGCUGCAGGAGGCCAGAUCACAAUCGAUGGAAUAGACAUUGCCUCCAUUGGGCUGCAUGAUCUCCGAAACAAACUAACCAUCAUCCCUCAGGAUCCCAUCCUGUUCUCUGGAAGCCUGAGAAUGAAUUUGGAUCCUUUCAACAAAUACUCUGAUGAAGAGAUCUGGAAGGCUCUGGAAUUGGCUCACCUGAAGCCCUAUGUGGAAGGCUUGCCUCAGGGUCUGACCUAUGAAGUGAGUGAGGCUGGUGACAACUUCAGUGUAGGGCAGAGACAGCUUCUGUGCCUGGGCCGUGCUCUGCUUCGGAAAUCAAAGAUUCUCAUCAUGGAUGAGGCCACAGCUGCUGUAGAUCUUGAAACAGAUAACCUAAUCCAGGCCACAAUCCGGAAAGAGUUCUCUAAUUGUACAGUCAUCACCAUCGCCCAUCGCCUCCACACAAUUAUGGAUAGUGACAGGGUUAUGGUAUUGGAUAGAGGGGAGAUUGUAGAAUAUGACAGCCCUGAUAAACUCCUGCAGAGGUCUGGUCCUUUUUACUUCAUGGCCAAGGAUGCUGGCAUUGAAGGUUCCAACACAUCACUUUAGUGAUGUACAAGUUAUGUGAGGCUACACAAAGGCUGAUGUAAAUAAACAAGACUGUACAAAGGACAUUGGCUUCUGAGCUGGACCACCUGGAUCUUCACCAUCAUUGAGCUGUCCCCCAGAGCCAAGGCAGCAAAAUCCAUACAUUUGGCCCUGGCCCUUCUAUGUUGGUUUUGUGAAAAUUCCCACAAUAUACAGAAGGGAUUAGAAGUGAUGGAGGAUUGAUACCUUGGGUGGCACCUGCUCUAGAAUGCUGAACAACACCUUGAGCACAGUACCUAGCAGGUAGUAGGUACUUAAUAAAUGCCUGUUAAUUAAGGGAGUGUUGGCCUCCCAUUUUAUGAAUGUUAAGGAGUUUGAAUGUCCAUUUGUCACCUAUUGGUGCAGGAUGGGCCUCUGAUCCAAUUCAUUGCCUUACAAAAAGGCAGAUGAUGGCUGUAUAUGUAUAAUUGCUAUCUUAUUGCUUGCAUUCCCAAUGGUUGGGAAAGGGGUGGCAGGGACGGGGAGAAUUUUGAGUCCCAAAUUUUAAAAAACAAAUGUAAAAAUUUCUUAAAUGUAAUUGGGAAAAUUUAAUGAAAUAAAUAAAAAAUAUUUUUUUAAAAAAAGAGGCAGAUGCUUUUUCUUCCCUAUGUCCACGGCAUAGAGCAAGUGAAAGGGCAAAAAUAGAAACAUUUGGCUCCUUAUUCCCAAUGGGUUUAGUUAAGGAGGGCUGCAGCCACAGGUAGCCCCUUUAGUGUCCCAACUGACCAUAAUCAAGAAGUCUGUCACCUGCAGCCACCAGCUACAGCCACCAUGGACAUACAUCUCUUUGGUCAGUGUCUUCACAUCUAUGAGCUGGCCGAGCUGAAUGUGACAUUAUACUCCUCUGUGUGCCAUCUACUCCCCAACAAAAUGAUAAGGAGCCAAACCUGGGAGGUUCAGAAAGAUCAGACACCCUCAUCCCACUUAAAAUGUAUGGGUGGGUACAGCCUGUGUAAAAAGCUAUGGACCUUGAAGCCCUCAGAGGAAAAUAAGAGGCAGUCUAUCUUAAAGAGAGACUAGAACAGGGGCAGCUAGGUGGUGCAGUGGAUAGAGCACCAGCCCUGGAUUUAGGAGGACCUGAGUUCAAAUCUGGCCUCAGACACUUAACACUUACUAGCUGUGUGACCCUGGGCAAGUCACUUAACUCCAAUUUCCUCACCAAAAGGGAGAGAGAGAGAGAGACUAGAACAAAAAUAAUAACUAGAAUAAUGUAAAAGAGAUUUCAAAAUGUAAAUUUAUCAGAUGCCAAAUGCAAAAAAUGCUUUCUUGAGGCUUACUAUUGUCAUUGUUUCUAUCUCAAAUUCUUAAUAAUAUCAUGCCAAUUACUGUCACCAGAAUUUGGGGGAAUUAAGUAGUGACUAACCUCAAAAAGCAGUUUACCAGUAAAAAAUAUCUAAGUAAUUACAUUUCAAUCCCCUCUUCAUACUCUUUUGAAAAUCCCUUCUGUAUAUUGUGGGAAUUUUCACAAAAGAGCUCAAACUUUGUAGUAUUGACAGUUCCCUGACAUAAAGCUUGGAUAUCUUUUGACCAUACCAUACAUCAAUUUUUGCUGCAAUAAAGAUGAAUUUUGAUGUGCACUUUUGGGGAUGGCAUCUCCCAUUCUGUUAAGUGUAAGGAAACACAGGAUCCUGAGGAAAGCAUUCUUUUAUUUUAAAAUAAAAUUCCCACCAUUUCUACCA